GGAAGACCAAAAUACAAGACAGUUCACUUGGGUCGGCGUUGUCUGAAGAUUCUACCAUCUUCAAAUCCAUGCCUUUUCCACUCCAUGAGCUUCAAUCUACUCUGAGUGUUGAGUAACGACUGUUUUUGAUUUGUAAUUGAGGAUAAAGAUCAUCGGAAAUCUUAGUGUUUAUAUUAAUUUGUUGUUGUUUUCUUGAAUGUGUUCUGGGUUUGAAUUUGUGUAAUUUCUUCUCAUGGAGAUUAGAUCUGAGCUUAGGAAACAUAUAAGAAGUGGAACAAAGAGUAAAUGGGCUAUUCUGGUUGGGAUUGUGGCCCUUACUCAUGUUUUGUUGUUACUUUCAUAUGGUGACGCCUUGAUAUAUCUGUUGCCUGAUGGCAGAAGGCUUAAACUGCCCAAUGAGAGCAAAACGCUGAUGAAUCCGUCACGAAACACACUUGCGGUUAGCGUUUCUCAGGAUUCUGCAGAGAAAAAUGGGUAUGUUUCAGGUUUUGGUCUAAGGAAUGUGACGGAGGAUGAUGAAGGGUUUGAUGAAACUGUUGAUUUUGAGAGCUUUGAAGAUGCAAAGGAUAGUGUCAGUGUCAUUAAACAAGUUGUUGAAGGUAGUGUGAAGCAAAGUCCGGAAGUUUCAACUAGUAAGUAUGGAUAUCAAGUGCAAAAUGUGUCGGUUGAAAGCCAGAAGAAGGUGAAGGGGUCUAUGUUAAAUGCUAGUUCAUCUAUAGCUGGUCCUGUUUCCUCGGUGGGGAAGCUACCUGUUUCUGGAAAUAGUACCUUGCUAGUUUCUAAGCAAGUUAGUAAGAAGCAGAAGAUGCGGUGUAAUCUUCCACCAAAAACUGUGACAACAAUCGAGGGGAUGAAUCGGAUUUUAGCAAGGCAUCGUAGAACUUCACGAGCAAUGCGACCGCGUUGGUCUUCUAGGAGAGAUGAAGAGAUAUUAGCUGCAAGGAAGGAGAUAGAGAAUGCUCCUGUUGCAAAACUUGAACGGGAACUCCACCCUCCAAUAUUCCGUAAUGUUUCCAUGUUUAAGAGGAGUUACGAACUUAUGGAACGGAUGCUCAAAGUUUAUGUAUAUAAGGAAGGAAGCCGCCCCAUUUUCCAUACUCCAAUACUCAAGGGAUUGUAUGCAUCAGAAGGAUGGUUCAUGAAGUUGAUGGAAGAAAACAAGCAGUACACUGUAAAGGACCCCAGAAGGGCUCACUUGUACUAUAUGCCAUUUAGUGCACGGAUGCUAGAAUUCAAGCUUUAUGUGCGUAACUCUCACAACAGGACUAACCUACGACAGUUUCUUAAGGAAUACACUGAGCACAUCAGUUCCAAGUACCCUUUCUUCAAUAGAACCGAUGGGGCUGAUCAUUUUCUUGUCGCUUGUCAUGAUUGGGCACCUUAUGAGACAAGACACCACAUGGAGCAUUGCAUUAAAGCUCUAUGCAAUGCAGAUGUAACUGCAGGCUUCAAGAUUGGAAGAGACAUCUCACUCCCUGAAACAUAUGUCCGAGCUGCCAAAAAUCCUCUCCGUGAUUUAGGUGGGAAACCGCCUUCUCAGAGGCGGACCUUGGCUUUCUACGCUGGAAGCAUGCACGGUUACCUACGUACAAUUCUGCUGCAGCACUGGAAAGACAAAGACCCGGAAAUGAAAAUCUUCGGUCGGAUGCCGUUUGGUGUAGCGAGCAAGAUGAAUUACAUCGAGCAUAUGAAAAGUAGCAAGUACUGCAUCUGUCCAAAAGGGUUUGAAGUAAACAGCCCGAGGGUGGUUGAAUCUAUUUUCUAUGAGUGUGUCCCUGUGAUUAUAUCAGACAACUUUGUGCCGCCUUUCUUCGAGGUUCUUGAUUGGAGCGCGUUCUUGAUUGGAGCGCGUUCCAUUAUUCCGGAGAAAGACAUCCCGAGGUUGAAAGAUAUUUUGUCGUCUAUACCAGAAGAGAAAUACGUAAAGAUGCAAAUGGCUGUGAGAAAGGCGCAAAGGCACUUUCUGUGGCAUGCUAAACCGCAGAGAUACGAUCUGUUUCAUAUGGUUUUGCAUUCUAUUUGGUAUAAUAGAGUGUUCCAAGCAAAGCGUCGAUGAUAGACUGGACUUCUUAUGGCUUACGAGUUACGUCCAAUGUACUAUGUACUUGUCUAUUGUAUGAGUAGGAAUAGCUACAAAGUUGACUCUCUACCUUUGUAAAUAUCGACUAUGGCAUAAGUCCCCUGUUUUCGCUGUUUGCAA